CUGGACGAGCGCUUCGCUCUGGCACGCAGCGUUGCGGAGGAAUGCAUCAACGAUGACGAGCUGCGAGCGCUGCUCGCUAAGAAGCCUUUGCCAAUUGCCUACGACGGCUUCGAGCCGUCGGGCCGCAUGCACAUUGCACAGGGCGUGAUGAAGGCGAUCAACGUCAACAAACUCACCAAGGCGGGAUGCCACUUUAAGUUUUGGGUGGCGGAUUGGUUUGCGCAGCUGAACAACAAAAUGGGUGGUGACCUGAAAAAGAUUCAGACGGUGGGGAAGUACAUGGUGGAGGUCUGGAAGGCCGUGGGCAUGGACCUUUCCAAGGUGGAGUUUCUUUCGAGCAGCGAGGAGAUCAACAAGCGGCCAGACGAGUACUGGACUCUGGUGAUGGACAUCGCCAGGAAGAACAACCUAAAGAGGAUUGUCAGAUGUUCGCAGAUCAUGGGCCGCAACGAGACGGAUGACCUGAGCGCCGCCCAGAUCUUCUAUCCAUGCAUGCAGUGCGCUGACAUAUUCUUUUUGAAGGCGGAUAUCUGCCAGCUGGGUAUGGACCAGAGGAAGGUGAACAUGCUGGCACGCGAGUACUGCGAUGAUAUCAAGCGCAAGCUGAAGCCCAUCAUCCUGUCGCACAGGAUGAUGCCUGGUCUGCUGGAGGGUCAGGAGAAGAUGAGCAAGAGCGACCCCAACUCGGCAAUCUUCAUGGAGGAUACGGAGGCGGAGGUCAACACCAAGAUCAAGAAGGCCUACUGCCCGCCCAAGGUUACGACGGGGAACCCCUGUGUCGAGUACGUCAAGUACAUUGUACUGCCGUGGUUCGGGUACUUUGAAGUACGGCGCCCGGCGGAUCACGGCGGGGAUCGGCGGUACGGCAGUGCGGACGAGCUCGUGGCGGAUUACGAGGAGGGCGGACUUCAUCCUGGUGACCUCAAGGCCGGUCUGUCCCGCCAUCUGAAUGAGAUCCUUCAGCCCGUGAGAGACCACUUCGAGAACAAUGCGGAGGCCAAAGAGCUGCUCAAGAAGGUCAAGUCGUACAAAAUUACAAAGUGA